AUGUCAAGAAAAUCUGUAUUGUACAUAUGGGAAUCAUUCACGGGAAGCAAUAUUUUUUAUUCAUUUUUUAUCAUUACCGGGCUUUUUUCUUUUCAAUGA